CUGUAAACCUUUUCUUCUUCUCGGCUUUCAAAAAGUGGUGAAGUCGCAUAGAGUGUAAAUAAGCUAGCUUAAGUUAUCUUAAGUAUAUCUAAACGACGCGAGAUGCUCCAGAUCUAAAGUUAUCUAAGCGCUCGGUCUCCUUUUUCCCCGUAGGGGUUUCUGGACAAACAUUCUGAACCAGUAUUGCUGCUUUUUGCUUUGACGCGCGUUAACUACGCGAGUCGCAGCUGAUGGAAUACAGGAAGAAGUGGCGCGUAACGGACGCGUUUCGUUACGCGUCGGACGUUUAUAACGCGAAACACAGCUCAACAAACGUUUCACUCUACCACACUUCCUUACCAAAUUACAAAAACAUGAAAACCUGCUUUCUCGGAUAAACUACCAGUGAUCUCGUCAGACAAAGACUAUUUGUGAGCAGUUCGGUAAAAUCCUUUUGACUUCUCUCAACUCUCACCACGUAUUCGGCCAUUUAGCCGGUUUUCUCCGAGUCCAGGUUUCUCGCCUAUUUUCGCCGUUAGACUAUUGAUCUCUCGGCGCUUUCUUUUAGUGUGGUGGUAGUAGUGGUGGUGAUUCGGCGAUUUUCACGGAUCCGGUGCCAUAUUUUGGUGUAGUGUUUUACUAGAGGAAACCGCUAUUCAUCCACGCAAUUAAAUUCGCCCUCUGCUUCUGCUAUACGUGACCAAAAAGUGCAUUAUACUGAGAAACACUAACAGCUCCAUUGAGUGCUCAGAGACGUGUACAAUUGUGUGCUCUUGUGCCGUAUUCAUCCCCGAGGAUCUCGUCUUGCGACCUGCACUAUUUUUAAUUGCGAUUUGCCCAUGUAGUAGUGCAUUGUCAUGCACAAGACCUCCCAGCAUCGUACCAGCACAUCCAGUACGGAUCAGGGAGUCCAACGUGUUCCUUCUGCUCCUUUACCCAUUCGUCCGCUCCCUGCUCAUGUUUCUCAUCUUCCAACCGUCGAAUCGACGAGUUCCAAAUCCGCUUCCUUGGCAGCAGCAGCAAACACGUAUCGUCAUGUGUCGGCUCACACUCCUGCAUCCACGCACAGCACAUCCUCCCAUCAUCAAAAACGCUCUGUAGUCCUCUCUACCAGUGUUCGCAACGCUUAUGCUCCACUUUCACGUCCUUCCCAUGCUCAAACGCCUACGACCGCUCGUCCCUCGCUCAAUUCGUCUCCAAAAAACGCUGUAGCAGCAGCAGCGGCUGCUGCAAAAAGCAAUGCUGUCAAUGAUACGGCGAGUGUACGGUCAUCGGUUGAUGCAAGGGCUGCAGCUUCAAUGACCGGAGUUCGCCAGUUUUCUUCCAGCAAAAUGCGAUCAAUGGAUGACAUUUUACAGACACAAACGGACGGUCUUGACCGUUCACAGCUAGCUUCGCAUAAUUCUGUUCAUAUUCUUGCUGCGUCUGCACAUGCACAAUCUUCUCAUGACCUUGCCAAACAGGAAGAACGGUCUACUGUAUCAAGUUCAGCCGUGGCAGCAUCGCAAAACAUCCGUCACUUGCGCUCCACGCUCCGUAACGUAAACGGUUCAGUAAAACGCAAGGGCUUUUUCCGCAACAAGUCUAGUGCUCCUACUCGUCGCAAGUCUAAUGAUCUGCCAACUACUCGCACAAGCACAGAUGCAUCAACGAGUCACAGUGAGAAGGCGAACGGUGCUCGUUUGCAACCGACGACUUCUUCCUCUUCUUCUAUAGUGUCCUCUCCCAGUUCUCGCCCACGCACCCGACAAUCGUCUUACGAGGGUGUACGACCAAAUGCUCCUUUAGCCGCUGCCCAGUUGGCAAGACUAGCAGUAAAGAAUGACGAAGAAACAGGUCUUACGACCGUCUCUCAGCCGGUGGACACGCAUUCCACCAACACGAGUCCCUCUAAAAAAAGAUCUCGACCAAGUGCUGAGCUCCAAGCUUCCGCCGCUUCUGCUUUGGCCGUAAAGGAGUCUCGCACCAAAGACAAGAAGCCCGGUUCUAUUUCGUCCUCUGGGGUAAACGAAGAAACCGACGACAAAGAUGAGCGUGUACGAAAGGCCUUUACGCAAGCGGCUAAUGUUGCCGUGGUGAAACACGUUCCUUUACGACCAUCUAUACCUCCUCCGACCACCGGCAGCUCUCCCGCCAUAAAAGGAGAUACGAGUGAUGUCCCAAUUAUCAACGUUAUCGAGGACACACCCCGGACUCUUAAAGUAAUUGAAUCUUCACCGAAUUAUCUUUCAGCAACUUCCUCGUUUACCGAGGAGAAACCUUCGCGUUUGAGUGUGGAUUCUAUCAGUGCUGCACCUAUCCGGAGUUCUGCGUCUCUGUCUGCAUUUGGAAACUACAGCAAUAGUGACGUUUCUUCUUUUUCCAGUGUUGACCAAAGUCACGCAAAGUUUGUCGAUCCUUUUUCCAGUCCUGGUCGUCUUGCGACAGCAGCUGCAAGAAGCAGACCUUCCUCCCGCAAACUCUUUUAUGUUGAUGCUUCCGAAACGGUGGACGAAAGCCCUUCCGCUCUCCAUGCUGCUGUAUUCGCCGACAAAAAACUACCAAAGGCUCAUGCCAUUUCAGAACCUUUGAAACGAAUUGUUCGUACAAAGCCUUCUCCACAAACGCUCCGCAACAGCUCUUCGUCCGAGGGAAAGCACAAGCAUCAUCAUUUUCGUCUUUACAAGGGUGACCAUAGUCGAUACUACAACAGCAAUUCAGACAAAUCAAAGUUGAAGCUAUCCCAAUGGUGUAUUGACGAAAAACGGCGCACGGCAUAUGAGGCACUCUGGGCCUCUAACAAGGGUUACAUGAUGCUGCGUAAUGACGACAAGAAAAUGGAUGACAUGGUUUGUAACAUCGUUGUCCGUGACCUUUGGGCUCGCAGUGGAAUCCCAUUUUCCACGCUCGCACAAAUCUACAAUCUCGUGAGCCGUGAUCGCCGUCCCUGGUUGACGAGAGAUGAGUUUGUUGUUGGAAUGUUUUUGAUUGAUCAGUAUUUAGCCGGACGAAAACUACCAUCGAAAGUUCCUGAUUCCGUUUGGAUCAGCAGUCGAAGAAUGGGUGAUUUGCUUUGGCGCUUGGAAAAACUAAAACUGUCCAAGGAAAGAGUGAAGAAUCGGAAGAAACAGAAGAAACUUAAGAAAAAAGAGAGAAAGGAGAAGCGAAAGAAAAAGAAGAAACUGAAGAAUGCCAAGGAUCGGGAAACGACAGAAGACGAACACGCGGUGUUGGCUGUCUCUUCGUAAGCUAGACUUCUACGUACCUUUUCCGACACAAUUGUAACCUUAACAACUUGUAUUCCAUGCAUGUUGUAACAGCCCGUUUUGUACUAUAUAUUCUUUCCUAUUUAUGGAUGACUAUAGCAUCAUUUUAACGCAUUAAUAUUAUCAUUUCUAUAACAA